AGUGGAGGCAUUGCCCUUAACUGCUGAUGACAGGGCAGUUUUAUUUUUUCUUUCUCGGUAACUGUUCUUGGAUUGUGUGGAAGUGUAAACUGGUCCCAGAACGGUUUUAAAAGAGGAAACCAAUUUGUCCCGACUAUCACAUGCACAGCACAGCACUGUUUUGGCCGCGGGCAGCAUAUCAUUCUUAGGAACGUGAUCAGAAACCACAUGACCCAUCUAUUCAACGUUAGGGAAAUCAAAUAUUUAUCUGGGGACAUGGAUCAAGUUUACCUCAAACUUUAAUUCAACUCUCUUCUCUAGUAGCCUACUUGUGUUAGCGGACUCAUUUCUUGGUUUCUUAGGGCAGUGAGAGCGACAGAGAGAGAGAACCGGAACUAAGAAGCAAAUUGAUCUCCUAAGAAGAGGACAUCGGAAUUAUUUAUGAAUGUUGUUGAGGCUUGUCCAAAUAGCCAGACAACCAUGGUAACACCAGUGCAACUUUUUAUCACAUUUGUGCUUCUCGUGUUGAGUUUGGCAGACGAUAAUAAACUAAAACACAAACCAGCCUCAAAACCGGUCCGACUGUUCACAGACGAAGAUUUAAAAAGGCACGAUGGGAGUGAGGACGGGCAUCCCAUUUACAUGGCCAUAAAAGGAGUGGUAUUUGAUGUCACCAAGGGGAAAGAGUUCUAUGGGAAAGAUGGACCAUACAAUGCCUUGGUUGGAAAGGACUGCACCAGGGCUGUGGCCAAAAUGUCCCUUGAGCCAGCUGAUCUGACUUCUGACACUACGGGCCUUACUGAAGAGCAGCUCCAAUCCCUAGAGAGUGUAUUUGAGGGCACGUACAAGACAAAGUACCCUAUUGUAGGCUACACUGCCAUACGCAUCCUCAACCAGGAUGGAAGCCCCAAUGAGGACUUCAAGCCUGAAGACCAACCUCAUUUUAACAUCAGAGACGAGUUCUAAUCCAAAGGAGGUUUUUUUUUGUGGGUACUGUUUUUGUUCUUCUUCUUUUUUUCUCUGAUAUAGUUUGGUACCGCAACAAACAGAAAAACUGUGGAGGACCAUGAAGAUUCAAUACUGUGUGAUCCUCAAUUUGCUCAUGAUUUGAAAAAUGAAUUAUUUCUGAAUUCCCCAGUCAGAUCCAUGUGUUAGGAAUGCAUGUCUGGAUGUUCUGUGAUGAAGCCCGUAAGGGUGUCUGGAUGUUCUGUGAUGAAGCCCGUAAGGGUGGCCUUACCAAGGGAUAGGCAGCCAUGUGUUUCAGCUCUAUUUUCCUUUAACCUUAUUUGAAGACCUUAUUUAUAUCUUUAAAAUAUAUAAUAAUAUAAUAUAAUAA